AUGGUCACAGAAGCAUCUCUCGACGCUGCGGCAGAGUGUCUUCGGAAGAGAAAUGCACCCAUCAAAGCAGAGACUGAAGAGGAGGCCAGAAAGACUGUCCUUGAGCUGAAUGCCUUCGAGGAGAAGUCCUCCAAAGACGAAAAAAACCGAAAGACAUAUGGUCGCACUUCCGAUGGCACUGUCUUCACCGUUCCUCAUACGCAUGACAUGGUCUCCCAGCUGCUGUCCCCGUCUGAACCGAAGAACUUAUCGGAUGCCUUGGUCAUCUUCAUCUUAUUCCUUCAUGUUCUCCUCGCAUGGGUCCUACCACCGACCUUCCGGAAACCUGUCCUUGCGGCCACGUUCUUGUUCUGGAGAGCUGGGUAUAAUGUUGGUAUCGGCUACCUUCUUCACAUGCAAUCUCACCACAAGAUGCUUGUGCGGUGGGCGCGCAGAUCUAAAUUGUUCCCAGUUGCCUCCAAUGGUGAAAAUCCGCACCCGAAGUUCCGCGCCUUUGUCAAGAGAGAGCUAGAAACCAAAAUUCCUAGAGAUUAUGAAUUUGACACAGCUCCGAUUGAGUACAAUACAUGGUUGGUCUUUCGCCGAAUUGUCGAUCUCAUCUUGAUGUGUGACUUCGUCUCCUACAUGCUCUUUGCCAUUGCAUGCGGUCACAGACCCGCCGGCGAGUCGGUUUUCAUGACAGGAUCCCGCUGGAUCAUAGGUAUCUCCUUGUUUGUCUUCAAUUUGUGGGUCAAAUUAGAUGCACAUCGCGUGGUCAAAGAUUUCGCUUGGUACUGGGGCGACUUCUUCUAUCUCAUUGAUCAAGAAUUGACCUUUGAUGGAGUCUUCGAGAUGGCACCUCACCCUAUGUACUCGAUAGGAUAUGUUGGUUACUAUGGCAUCUCCUUGAUGGCCGCCAGCUACAAAGUUCUGUUUAUCUCCAUAAUCGCUCACGCCGCUCAGUUCGCAUUUUUGGUGAUGGUCGAAAGCCCUCAUAUUGAGCGUACUUACGGCUCUCCGCCUCCACGACGAUCGAUUAAUGAAUUGCCGGCAGCAGCCUACAUGGACAAUCCGUCAACCGAAGCAAGUUCGUCCACCGAAAACUGGCCCAAUCCUGCCCGCACGCAGCCAUCCCAAACGCACAACCUUUUGGGCAUCAAGAAUAUCGAUCUCUACCGAACCACGGACUCCGCCGUUCUCCUUCUUCAGCUCUACAUCUUUGCGUUGACCAUGUUGACACCUAACACGACCAUGUAUCAAGCACUUUUUGUGAUCAAUGCCGCAGUGUGGCGAGUUUGGUAUUCUGCUGGUAUCGGCUAUUUACUCAACAAACAAUCGUCGAAGAAGAAAUGGACUAGACACUUUUUGAAGUACGGCGAGAGUACUGGCGAGGCUUGGAGACAAUGGAAAGGGAUCUACCAUCUCAGCAUGACCCUCUGCUACACUGGAUUCGCUGCUGCCGCUUGGAAAAUGUAUACGAUGCCGUCGAAUUGGAAUUAUGGCCUUGUUCUCUUGAAGCACGUCAUGGGCCUAGGACUUAUCGCACUCCAGAUAUGGGUCUCAUUCAGCAUUUAUGACCAACUUGGGGAGUUCGGGUGGUUCUUUGGAGAUUUCUUCUUCGACCACCAGGCCAAGCUGACAUAUGGUGGAAUCUACAGAUUCUUGAAUAAUCCAGAGAGGGUACUAGGUCUAGCAGGAGUCUGGGGUGUUGCUCUUAUCACGAGCAGCAAAGCUAUAUUCUGCCUGGCAAUCUUGAGUCACACCCUGAGUCUAGCCUUUAUCCAGUUCGUGGAGAGACCACACAUGCAAAAGCUUUACGGCCGAAGUCUUCGACAAGACGCCGGACUGGUAAGAAGUUUACGCCGAUCACUUCCCCCGCCUUUGCGGCAAUGGCAAGAUGGAAUGGACAAGAUGUUAGGCGAAACUUUCGACAUUCUGGAGGAAUUUUUUGACGCCGCGAGACCCAAACUGGCCUCGGGAGUUACCAAUAUUGUACAGGACACCAAAAAGCUCUUGCCUAAACAAACGGCUCGCAUCACUAUAACAAAGGUAGAGCCCGAGGUGGAGGGACUGGAUCCGAAGGACUACAAGUUGGUAAUUGAAGGAACACCAGCGUCAGCUCUGGCAGACUCACAACGUUCAAGUGACAAGGAGUCGGAACAGGCUAGGACACCAGCCGAACGCACAAAUGACUUCAGGCCGCUUCUCUUCGAAUACGGAGCUCCGAUCAAAGUCAAGUGGACGGCACCUCUCAACCACGGAAAGAAAGACUGGGUCGGGUUGUACAUGGUAUCGGACAAUGCUUCUCGGGAAAUUACCAAACUCUCCUCGUCGGGGAGAUGGAUCGCUACCAACCGCCAUGGAUAUGACUUAUUGAAUUCUGAAGUCGGCAUUAUCGAGAGCGAUGUCAAAACUGUAAUCACUACGGAAGACGGUACAAAGAAAGAGUGCUUCACCGGCGAGAUGCUCUUUUCAGGCGACAAGUUGUGGUGGACUCAAGGUGUGUUUGAGUUCCGAUACCACCAUAACGGAAAGCACAAUGUCAUGGCAAUUUCUUUGCCUUUCGAGGUCCGGAUACCGCGAUUUACUGAAGGCGAACUCGGGCUUCUGGACUCAAACAUUUCGUUUUCGACUCCGACAUCUCCACAGAACGAUGCACUGAUAAGACACUCGAUUGAGAAAACCCUGCUGCCGAUUGUGCAGAACUGCUUUGAUCGCGACCCUGACAUCGCGCCUAGCACGGUAACGGAACCCUUUGGAAGCUUGGUCGACCGAGAUGGAAAGUACGCUAAGCGCAUUGUGUAUGUUGUCCAUCAAAUGUUUGGGAUUGAAUUUUCACCUGAGGUUGUGAAAGCAGACGGCAAGGUUGAGAACUUAGCCUGGAGGAUAUGGGAGGCGAAGAAGGUGCUGGCUCCGUUUAGUAUGUCGAGGUCGAAAGGUACGAGUACACCUAUUGAAGGAGAUAGUUGA